AUGUUCAAAAAGUUCAAUAUAAAAGAAGACGUAGCUACCCAAUCCUUAGUAAAAACUUCAGUUCAGCGAGGUAUUCGUGCUAAAAUUCUUGAACAGUAUAAAAAGUUAGAGCCAGUAAUCGACGAAGUCUUGCCCAAAAAAGCCUCCUUAGUUUUGGUAAAAUGCCAUGAACAUAUUAAUUUAUUAACCAUAAAUAAUGAGAUAUUAUUCUUUCAACACUUUGAUGGACCUUAUUACCCAACAUUACGAUUACUUCACAAAUAUCCAGACGUUUUUCCAAGGUUACAGGUGGAUAGAGGAGCAAUUAAAUUUAUCCUAUCUGGCGCAAACAUAAUGUGCCCUGGUCUAACGAGCAAAGGCGCAAGGAUGGAUGAAGACUUGCCGGCUGACACAAUUGUUGGGGUAUUUGCUGAAGGAAAGGAGCAAGCUCUUGCAGUAGGGUUGACAAAAAUGUCCACCGAAGACAUUAAAAAGAUCAACAAGAAUAUAGGUGUUGAAAAUGUUCAUUAUUUAAAUGACCCAUUAUGGAAGAGUUUUAUAGAAACAUAG